CACUAUCAAGUCAGGGACUGGCGUAAUGCGGUGCUGCAGUUAUAGCUAGUACUGGACUCAGGCAGUGCCUGGUCACAGCUGCUGUGACACCUUGGUGAAGGAAGGAUGACAAGAAAACGAAAACAUGAUGGAACCACAGUAACCCAUAACACAAGAAUGAAAGGAGGGAAUCAUGUGCAUCAUCAGUUUCUCGUUGGUGUUGCUCAUGGUGGUGUGGGGAAUACCAUCAACAACAACUACUGCAUUAAUUCCGAACUGGACAAUCUAGUCAGUGAUGCAUGGAACCUUAUCAAGAAGGCCGAUUCAAACAAGCAUGUAUCUACACGCGCUGAGAGGUCUGCAUACAUUGUACUUAAACAGUUUGGAUCUGUCUUCAUAAAAGGAAAGUCAGGCUCAGGGAAAUCUACACUUGGUCGAAGGAUUUUAGCAAACGUAUCACAAGAAACAGACCGCUUGCCAAUCGUGCUUUCAUCAUGGAAUGAAUGGAAUCUGAUUCCUAAAGUCAAUCAUGAGAACCACCACGGGGGUGAAAGUACUAAAGAGAAAGAGUAUGUGGUGUUAGUCGAUGAUAUAUUUGGAUCAAGUAAUCUGGUUGAAUCAGAUGUGAAUAAUUGGGUCAAGUUGUUUGACCGACUUUGGCGAAAUGUGGAAUUGGGUCAUGUAUGGCUUGUCAUUACCUCAAGAUCUGAAAUAUGUUCACAGUGUGAUGCCAAGAUCAGCAAGUACAAACUCAUAAAAACUAUUCAGUGCAUAGUUCUAGAUGAAGGAAAAUAUGCUCUCACAUCACAAGAAAAACUUCAAAUGAUAGAAAAGGUAUGUGGAGAAAAAUUCUUUUCUCAUCAUGAACGCUAUGACAUUGUUAGAAUGCCCACUGUCCUUGGUUUUCCCCAGUGUUGUACAUUCUUUGCAUCAAGCAAGAAAGCACAAUCAAAAGGCAUGGAGUUUUUCAAAAGGCCGCAGGAGUUCGUUUUUGAGGAAAUAACGAGAAUGCAGGAAUGUGAUGGAAUUGGUCACCUUGUCCUCCUUCUCACUUUGAUGAAAGAUGGUAACCUCAGCUCAGAUCACCUGAAACUCUCUACCUAUAAACAAGAACUUGAGUCCAUGGUUGACUGUCUUAAAGAAUGUUGCAACAUUUCUACAGUUGUCACAGCGACACACAUUAAAUCAAAGAUAGAGGAUUUCUGUGGAGUGUAUUUAGUCAAAACGGGAAAAGUCUACCAGUUCCAGCAUCAAUCUAUACAUGACGUUGUAUUUAUCAAUAUUUCAAAACGGGAACCUGAAAUUGCUAUACAAAGUUGCCCACCAAAGAUGCUAGUGGAACUGAUGCAUACAAAGCAGAUGAACAAGGAUGACUUGGCCGUUAUCCUAGACAGAGAUAAUUUCCAUAUAUUAGCUGACAAGAUCACAGAUCUUCUUCUGUCCAAAAGCUGCAUUGACAUUCUUGCUCAUCCUUCUUUACGUCAUGAGGAAUUUGUGGAGUUUCUGGUAGAAAGUUGGCGGGAAAAUAUAAAGUUAACUGAAGUUAUACAGAAAAAGCACGAGGUGAAAUGUGUUAGGAGGGACGUUCCCUCCUCUGAAGGAGAUGAUGACUUAGAUUCAAGUUUUGGUUUUCAUCAUAAUUCACUUACUCUCUUCAACUAUACUUCCCUUAUAUCUGAUGUCAUUUUACAGAGGUUGCCGUUACUCCUGAAUGACAUACUCUCUGACGUGUUCCAUCAAGUUGAUGCAGUUGAAUUGCUGGCACCUGCUCUGUAUAUCCAGGAUAACCAGCUAGUGCGAAAGCUUCUAGAAAGGUGUACAACACAUCCGUCUGAUUGCUUCCUAGCACUGUGUGUUUCACCAGCAAUAGAUCAAGAUAUCAAGACACAUCUGACACAGAAUACUACGGAGAUACCUCAGCUGUAUGAUGUACUCCUUGUCACUGUGUUGGUUGGAAAUAUGUACCUAGUGGAACAUAUACUACACCGAAUUAAAGAAGACAAGAAUAUUGUAUCAAUGUGUCAGGAAACACUAAAGCUUUCGUUGCUUCAUAAGGGGUGUAACUGUUCAAGUAAUUUUUCCAAUACUUGUCAAGACUCUACCAUCAUGUGUAACAUCUUACACCUGUUGAUAUCUUUGAUACCUGCCAACUGCCUCCUUCAAGAAAUCACAGAUGGAAAAGGUAAUACACUUCUACAUCUGGCAGUUAAGACAGGAAAUCGCCACUACGCUAACAUGUUUUUAAAUGAACAAAAUGGUCAACAUCUGCCAUUAGAUCCACAGUGCGUACACUGGUUGAAUACAAGUGGAAGUACUCCGCUCCAUCUAGCCGCAGAGAAUGAAAGUAGUGAGACAGUGAAACUACUUUUAGACAAGGGGGCUUGUUUAUCCACACAAAACACAUAUGGUGAUACUCCUCUUCACCAGGCAGCAUCAUGGGGACAUACUGAGACAGUAAAACUACUUCUAGACGAGAAGGCUUAUGUAUCUGAACCAAACAAAGAUGGUGAUACCCCUCUUCACCUAGCAGCGAAGUGGGGACAUAGUGAGACAAUAAAACAACUUGUAGACAAGGAGGCUGACGUAUCUAUACAAAACAAAGAUGGUAAUACUCCUCUACAUCUAGCUCCACCCCGUGGACAUGGUGAGACAGUAAAACUACUUCUGGACCACGGGGCUGGUGUAUGCACACAAAACAAAGAUAAUAAUACACCUCUACACAUGGCAGCAAAGUGGGGACACAGUGAGACAGUAAAGCUACUUCUAGACAAGGCAGCAGAUGUAUCAGCACAAAACAAAGAUGGUAAUACUUUUCUACAUCUAGCAGUAUCGCGGGGACAUAGUGAGACAGUAAAACUACUUCUAGACAAGGAGGCUGAUGUAUCUACACAAAACAAAGAUGGUGAUACUCCUGUACACCUAGCAGCAUCACGGGGACAUAGUGAGACAGUAAAACUACUUCUGGACAAGGAGGCUGAUGUAUGUACACAAAACAAAGAUGGUAAUACUCCUCUACACCUAGCAGCAUCCCGGGGACAUAGUGAGACAGUAAAACUGCGUCUAGACAAGAAGGCUGAUGUGUCUACACAAAAUAAAGAUGGUGCUACUCCAUUACACCUAGUAGCAUCGCAGGGACAUAGUGAGACAGUAAAACUACUUCUAUACAAGGCAGCAGAUGCAUCUACACAAAACAAAGAUUGUAAUACUCCUCUAUGCCCAGCAGUAUCGCGGGGACAUAGUGAGGCAGUGAAACUACUUCUAGACAAGGAGGCUGAUGUAUCUACACCAAACAAAGAUGGUAAUACUUCUCUACACCUAGCUGCAUUGCGGGGACAUAGUGAGGCAGUGAAACUACUUCUAGACAAGGAGGCUGAUGUAUCCACACAAAACAAAGAUGGUAAUACUUCUCUACACCUAGCAGCAUUGCGUGGACAUAGGGAGACAGUAAAACUACUUCUAGACAAGGAGGUUGACGUAUCAGCUCAAAACAAAGAUGGUAAUACUCCUCUACAUCUAGCAGCCCGGUGGGGCCAUAGUGCGACAGUAAAACUACUUCUAGAGAAGGAGGUUGACGUAUCAGCUCAAAACAAAGAAGGUAAUACUCCUCUACACCUAGCAGCACAUUGGGGUCUUAGUGAGACAGUAAAACUACUUCUGGACAAGGAGGCUGAUGUAUCUACACAAAACAAAGAUGGUGAUACUCCUCUACACCUAGCAGCAUCUUGGGGACAUAGUGAGGCAGUAAAACUACUUCUAGACAAGGAGGCUGAUGUAUCUACAAAAAACAAAGAUGGUAAUACUCCUCUACACCGCACAGCUCAUUGGGGUCUUAGUGAGACAGUGAAACUACUUCUAGACAAGGAGGCUGAUGUAUCAGCACAAAACAAAGAUGGUGAUACUCCUCUAAACCUAGCAGCAUCGUGGGGACAUACUAAGACAGUGGAACUACUUCUGGACAAGGAGGCUGAUGUAUCUACACAAAACAAAGAUGGUAAUACUCCUCUACACCCCGCAGCACAUUGGGGUCUUAGUGAGACAGUGAAACUACUUCUAGACAAGGAGGCUGAUGUAUCAGCACAAAACAAAGAUGGUAAUACUCCUCUACACCUAGCAGCAUCGCGGGGACAUACUAAGACAGUGGAACUACUUCUGGACAAGGAGGCUGAUGUAUCUACACAAAACAAAGAUGGUAAUACUCAUCUACACAAAGCAGCACCUUGGGGACUUAGUGAGGCAGUGAAACUACUUCUAGACAAGGAGGCUGAUGUAUCCACACAAAACAAAGAUGGAAAUACUCCUCUACACCUAGCAGCAUCGCGGGGACAUAGUGAGGCAGUAAAACUACUUCUAUAUAAGGAGGCUGAUGUAUCUACACAAAACAAAGAUGGUGAUACUCCUCUACACCUAGCAGCACCUUGGGGACAUAGUGAGGCAGUGAAACUACUUCUAGACAAGGAGGCUGAUGUAUCUACACAAAACAAAGAUGGUAAUACUCCUCUACACCUAGCAGCACAUUGGGGACAUAGUGAGACAGUGAAACUACUUCUAGACACGGAGGCUGAUGUAUCAGCACAAAACAAAGAUGGUAAUACUCCUCUACACCUAGCAGCAUCGCGGGGACAUACUAAGACAGUGGAACUACUUCUGGACAAGGAGGCUGAUGUAUCUACACAAAACAAAGAUGGUAAUACUCAUCUACACAAAGCAGCACCUUGGGGACUUAGUGAGGCAGUGAAACUACUUCUAGACAAGGAGGCUGAUGUAUCUACACAAAACAAAGAUGGUAAUACUCCUCUACACCUAGCAGCACAUUGGGGACAUAGUGAGACAGUGAAACUACUUCUAGACACGGAGGCUGAUGUAUCUACACAAAACAAAGAUGGUGAUACUCCCCUACACCUAGCAGCAUCGCGGGGACAGAGAGAGACAGUAAAACUACUUCUGUUCAAGGCAGCAGAUGUAUCUACACAAAAGAAAGUUUGUAAUACUCCUCUACCCCUAGCAGCACCGUGGGGACAUAGUGCGGCAGUAAAACUACUUCCAGACAAGGAGGCUGAGGUAUCUAUACAAAACAAAGAUGGUAAUACUCCUCUACACCUAGCAGCAUCGCGGGGACAUAGUGAGGCAGUAAAACUACUUCAAUAUAAGGAGGCUGAUGUAUCUACACAAAACAAAGAUGGUGAUACUCCUCUACACAAAGCAGCACCUUGGGGACAUAGUGAGGCAGUGAAACUACUUCUAGACAAGGAGGCUGAUGUAUCUACACAAAACAAAGAUGGUAAUACUCCUCUACACCUAGCAGCACAUUGGGGACAUAGUGAGACAGUGAAACUACUUCUAGACACGGAGGCUGAUGUAUCUACACAAAACAAAGAUGGUGAUACUCCCCUACACCUAGCAGCAUCGCGGGGACAGAGAGAGACAGUAAAACUACUUCUGUUCAAGGCAGCAGAUGUAUCUACACAAAAGAAAGUUUGUAAUACUCCUCUACCCCUAGCAGCACCGUGGGGACAUAGUGAGGCAGUAAAACUACUUCCAGACAAGGAGGCUGAGGUAUCUAUACAAAACAAAGAUGGUAAUACUCCUCUACACCUAGCAGUAUCACGGGGACAUGGUAAGACAGUGAAACUACUUCUGGACAAGGAGGCUGAUGUAUGUACACAAAACAAAGAUGGUGAUACUCCUCUACAUCUAGCAGCCCGGUGGGGACAUAGUGAGACAGCAGAACUACUUCUAGACAAGGAAGUAGAUGUGUCAACUCAAAAUAAAAAUGGUCUUACCCCUUUGCACCUAGCAACAUCGCUGGGACAUAGUGAGACAGUAAAAUUACUUCGAGACAGGGGGGUCGGGGGCAGAUAUACAUACACAAGACAAAGAAAUGAUACUUCUCUACCCCCAUCAGCAUGGUGAGACAGGAAACGGCUCCUAGAGUCACUAAUGACCGAGCUAAAGGAUGAAAUCCCUGUCAGUAUCCUGUUUCCAAGCUGUGUAAAGCAAUGCCUCUUAUCAGUUUGUGG